GGCGCGGCGGCUCCUCAGGGCGGGCGGCGGCGAAGAUGGCUGAUUUUUUGAAAGGUUUACCAGUCUACAACAAAAGCAACUUCAGCAGAUUCCAUGCAGACUCUGUAUGUAAAGCAUCAAACAGACGACCCUCUGUUUAUCUUCCCACCAGAGAGUACCCAUCUGAACAAAUCAUAGUAACAGAAAAGACAAAUAUUCUUUUGCGUUAUUUACAUCAGCAGUGGGACAAAAAGAAUGCAGCAAAGAAGAGAGAUCAGGAGCAAGUGGAAAUAGAAGGUGAGAACUCAGCACCACCCCGGAAAAUCGCUCGGACAGACAGCCAGGACAUGAACGAGGACACUUAGACUCUUGGCUUUCUCCUCUCCUACCUUGCAGGCACUUCUUGUUUUGUCUCAAAAGUGUGUAAAUUUUUUGCCCCCAUCUCUCACCCCUCCACUCUGCAGCCCAAACCACUUCUGACUUCAUAGGAGCCAAUGUAUUUAUUUUUUUUUUGGUUGGUUGUUUUUUUUUCCUCUCCAUUCUUUUUUUUUUAUUUAUGCUACUGAGCAGUGGUGGAACAGUCCAAUCAGUGAUGUAGAAUAACCUUAGUUCCUCCUUUCUACAAAAAAAAAAUACACACUGUCACUUUCACAGGUUUUGUUGAAUCUGUUACCAAAUUUAUGAUUUAUGGGAGAUUAUUAAUUAUGCCAGAUUUCUGGGAGCCUGGGUGGGAGAUGUGGGCUACAGCAGAGCCCUGCAGUGGGGCAGGCUUUGCCACUUGUCAUCUUACACCUGGUUAACUCUUUUUGGGGUUUUUUUGGGUUUUUUUUUUGGAUGUGCUCCACAGUUUGGAGCUCCACUGUUUGUGGUUUUUUUUUUCCCAAUAUUCUGAAACUGGUACCAUAUUUAAAAACCCCCAAAUAAUGGAAAAAAACCCCAAAACCCCAACCCCUGGGUGUCAUUUAGGGGGUUACCUUGAUCUUAGCAACCACUUUGUCACCUCCCCCUCCCAGUUGUGUUCUCACCCAUCCCAUCUGCAUCCCUGGGGAUGGAGAACUCCAGGGAAAACUCUUCCCUUGCUCUUCACAUUCUCACUGCCUCUUGCUUUUGAGUGGACUUCCAACUUCUCCGUGGGAAUCAGAGGAUCCUCUUCUCCUCCUCUUGUCAGUGGCUGAUGGGAUGGAGCUGGGAUGGCUGGAGGAAGCCUGGAGCCCCUCAGCAGAUGGAUCCCUGCCCCCCCCUGCCCCCAGGUGCUGAAAAACGGGAAUCUUCUGUGUGGAAUGGAGCCCAGGGCUUGGAGAUGAUCCCAAUCUGAGCUUCCAUGGUCUCUGCUGAAGACCAAUCCCCUUUGGACUGGGAGAGUUCAGUGCCUCUUGCCCUUCACCAGCUCUUCAGUGGAGACCCCCAGAGCCCCCAGGAGGGGUUGGAUGCAGAGACUGAAAGGAGAGGAAGCCCUGAGGGGCUGCAGAGGGGUGGCUUAGUCAUGAUGUUCUGUCUGCUUUCCAUUAGGAGCUGACUUCACACUGUGCUAGUUAAAAUCGUUGCAUUUAGAGCUGUGGAUUUGUUGUUUGGGGUUUUUUUUUCUUUUUUUUUCUUUAAUUAAUUUUUUUGCCUCCUUCACAAAUCCCAAACCCCAAGAAAUGGCACGGGCGUUGCUCAAGAGAGCUCCUGGACGAGCCUCGUGGUGGCCACCAGCUUUGAGGGUUUCUGCCAUCCCUUUCCCCAUGGUGUCUUCAGCUUUUUGGGGCUGAAGGGAGCGAAGGAAACAAAAAGAGAAAGGAGACAAAACUUUUCCUCACCACCUUUUGCUGGAAGGCAAAACCUCGGGAAGAGCCAGGCCAGGACUCACCUUGCCAAGCACCCGGAGACGGCGGCUUGAACACCAAGUGCUCCAACACCAAAAACAUUGGAUCUGCCUCCAGGAAACAACAAAAACCAAACAACAGCACCCCGUUUUUUUCCCCCAACUUACCAGAAUGCUGUCAAAAAUGCCAACUGUGUUGGUGAGGAUGAAACCCUGGGGGGUUUUGGGUGAUCUGGUGACGCCGAGGAUUCGAGCGCGCGCCGUGGGCUGGAGGUGCCCCCGGUGCAUCCAGCCUGGUGGGGAGCAGCUGGAGAAACCUUUUGAAGAGCUGUGAGGUCCCAGAAGAGGAAGGAGCUGUGGGAAGCUGUGACCAAUGUGUGUGUUGAGCAGAGCUGGGGAGCUGCAGCCUUGCAGUGAUGUUUUGUGCUUUUUUUCACGUUGUAUGAUGCUGUGUAAUCCCCAGCAAGGGCUGAGCUUUGCUGACUUCUCUGCUAGCCAGAGCCUUGUACUAUUAAAGAGAGCUGGCAGCUCCUUCCCCUUGUAAACCCCUGUCUUUUGUCUUUUUAAACAACAACAACAAGAAAAUCUUGGGUUUUUUUCUUUUUUUUGGAAGCCUCAGAGAUGGUUCAGGUGUUCUUGAGGAGGUGAAAGGAAGUUGCCUUUUUCAGGUAGUUUGGAACAAGUCCAAGGGACGUGGCACUGAGUGGUUGGUUUUGCUUUGGUGGCCCUGGAUGAGGAUUUAAUGCUCACAAGUGAGUCUAUCUGCAUCCCAUCUGAUCAAAAAUGAGCAAUCCCAUCCUUCCUCCUUCCUUCUCCAACUCUUCCCACACUGCUGCUGCCUCGGGAAUGUUCUCCUCCACCUCCUGCACUCUGAUCCUCUCUUGUCUCUUUAAGACAUGGUAAGUGUGUCAGCUUUCAGCCUUGCCUGGAGGAUGAGAUUUGCCUAACUGUGACUUUCUGGUGCCUUAGUGCAUUGAAAACAUCAACAAAAAUGUUUAAAAAAAAAAAACCCAACCAAACCCCAAGCCCUGGGUUUGCUGUCUGUAACACCGAGCUCCUCUGACUUCCAACUCUUGUUACAAAAGUGACUGAGUGACCCUCAGGGUUUUUUGUUUGGUUUUUUUUUGUACCUCUCUGCCUGGUAUUUCUAUUGUUUCUCUUACCACUGUAUACUACAGCUUUGGGUUUUUCUAAUGAAAACUUGAGCUAUUUGUCAGAGGUGAGAACUUGGAGGGGGUUUCAGCCUUUGCUCCGAGGUCGGAACAGCAGAAAUCUGUCUUGAUGCCCUGAGUCCACCUGGGAGCAGCCCCUUCCAGAGGGUUGUCCUGUUGUGAAACAGCUGGAGCUUGUGCCUGCUGUGAGCAGUUAGAUAGAGGAAUAUUUAAAUAUUAGAACAAGAAAAUUAGAAUAUUACCAAGUCAGGCACUGCCUUUUUCUAACACAAAACCAGUGCCUGGUCUGCAGGGGAACUCAAAUAUGGGGUUGGGUUAAUGCUUGAUAUGGAGCAUCACUUGGUAAUUUUUUUUUUUUAGAGGAGGAAUUGUUCAAAAUACUUGUGGAAGAGUUUAGGGAGGGAAAUAUGGAAAAAAAGAGUAAACUUGACCAAGUUUUUUCAGUUCACAGGUAACGUGUCCAGCCAGCAGAGCCUCUCUGGGUGUGUUUGUGUUGAUGGCAACUCCUGGAGUUUGCAGGGUGGUUUGGUUUUGUUCCAGUGUGUCCAGUCAGGUAACCUUGGCCCCUCCAGCCUCUCCAAGGUGUUUCCUCUUUCUGGCCUUGGGAGUUAUUUUCAGGUCCCUCAGCUCCACCUCCAGCCUCGGAGCAGGGGGUUGAGAUCUCCCAGGAUUUUUUUUCCAACCUGGGAAAUGCAGAACCUGGCUGGAAGGUCUUGAGAAGCUGGGCAGGACUCUUAGCAAAGCUGCUGGGUGUUCACAAAAAGUGUUUUUUCCAAGUUCUGCUCCAGAGAACAGGGAGAGGCAGGAGGGAUCCCAUCAGAUCUGAAAACUUCAGCUCUUUCCCAGCAGAGUAUUUGAGGUGAGCAGAAGUUUUUAGACGUUUCCCACGAAGCUGCAUUUACAGUCUAAGAGGAUGAGACUUAGAAUCAUUUAGGUAGGAAAAUCUGAUUUUUCCUUUUUAAAUAGACUGAAUUUUCUCAGCCUUGCCAAAGGGGGUAGCACCCACCAGCUGGGUGCUGCUGCUGAGCCAGGUUCUGCUGGGUCCAAGGAGCACCCUGGGGCAUCUGCUGAGCCCCCACGUGUGGCCUGGGGUGGGGAAGGCUGAAAUUUGGAGGAGAAUUGGCUGGAAAAUGGGUUUCCUUCCCUCUCCAGCCCAUGCCUUAUGCAGCAGGUCAGUUCUGGGGGGGUUGGGCUGUUUCCUCAGAGGGAAGUUUUCAAGGUGCUGGAUGCCAAGCUUAAAAUGUUGACUCUUUACCAAGUACUUACAACUUGAAAACUUCUUUUUCUUUUUGUGAGCUCCUUGACACUGGCCUUAAGGGCAAAGAUAGAGCAGGAAUCUGGGAUUUUUUCUAACACUGCAGCUCUCAGCUGUCACCACUUCCUUGCAUGUUUGUUGGCUGUAUUUUUCAAGGUGUUUUUUGGUUGUUUUUUUUUUUAAAGAUUGUAUAUCCACACUUGGAAAACUUGGUUUUCCUGGAUUAAUGAGGUCAGGCUGGCAGCAGAGGAAUUGUGCAGCACACUGACCAUGACCAGAGGGGCUCCAGCUCAUCUCUCCUUCUGUUUCCUAUUUUUUUUAAUUAUUUUAUUUUUUGUGAAGUGUAACAGAGCUCAUCCCAAAACCCAUGUGCUGAGUUAUAUCUUCUAUUUUAAAACAAAUGUGUCAUCUCCAGAGCUCCGUGGCAGGGAGGAGAGGUAGGACUCCUGGCACCUUUUUUUUUUUUAAAUUUAUUUUAUUUUUUUUUUUAACUCCUGGGAGAAAUCAAAACAUCUUGUAGAGAUUGCAAAAGCAGAACUUAGCCUGCAGGGAGGGAGAGCUUUGGAGCUGAAACAAAGGAAUGGAAUUCCAGCUUUCAAGUUAGCACUGAAGUUCUGGUUUUAAAGGCAAAAAAUUCCACUUUGUCCCCAAAUCCUCUCCCCCACAACUGCUUCUCCCUCCUCCUCUCAGCACCCCCAACCCCAGCCUUGAGCUCCUCUUCCUUCCAACUUCUCUUUGCCACUUGAAUUUUCCUCUUUUGCAGAAAUUUGGGCUGCUGGGGCAGGGAGAAGGGGGGGGGUUGUUUGGGGUUCUUUUUUUCCCUCCCUCCCCCCCAAAAAAAAGUAUUUUUGGCAGGAGGGCUGCCCUGCUGGAGAGACUGUAAAUACCCUGUCAGGUGAAUGCCAUGGCCAUGGGAUUUAUUUUUUAUUUUUAUUUUUUUUGGUUGUUUUUUUGGCAUUUCUUUGGAAACUCUUCCAUGUUUGAUACUGUGGAAAAUAAAUUUGCAGAAUUUAGAGGA